AUGCAUGACGACAUGGAGUUGUGGAAAUCACCUCCAGUAUCUGUUAAAGUAAAAUACCAGUCAUGCCUGCUCGCACCAUCGGUUUCUGGUCUCGCAUUCUUGUUUCUCAUCAAGAUUGUUAAAGAAAACGUUGUUCAGCAAAGGGUUUACUCACCACCUUUUCGAUCUUCCAUUUUUCGCCGCUACCUCGUUCUUCCAUUCACCAAUGGCCAUUCCAACUACGGUCACCGCUGCGCCGGCUUUGCUUUACAUUUUGAUAAGUCGUGCUUUACAUUCUUUAAUCAAGAUUUCAAGGCGGUGCUGUCGAAUUCGAUGAACGAUUUGGAAAGAGCUCACGCUGCACCGAUUGGUGAUGACAGUCGCCACCAAAACUGCUCCGACAUCCAGCGCUACCAUUUCCUCAUACUGAUGCACAAAAACAAUGAUGAAGAUGAGGAGCAAUCAUCACCGGUUGGUGUGGUGUCAAAGGGCGAGUUCCUUUCUUGUCUUGCCAAAAAAAGGUUGCUUUGUAUUCUCAUUAGAAAAAGACUCUCCCGCGGCAAGGCGGUGCUGUCAAAUUCAGUGAGUAAGGUUGAUCAGUCUGCCAAUGGCUGCAACAACUUUAGAAUUGUCGAUUCUGAUAUUCUCGUUCUUCCACAAGACGAUUCGCUCGCUGUUGGAAUUGUCGAUUCUGAUAUUCUUGUUCUUCCACAAGACUAUUCGAAAAGAUCUCACGCUGCACCGAUUGCGAUGAGGUGCAAGUUUCAGAACCCUUAUUCUCGGCAAGACGUCGCUGUUAGAAUUGUCGAUUCUGAUAUUCUCGUUCUUCCACAAGACGAUUCAGUCGCUGUUGAAAUUGUCGAUUCUGAUAUUCUUGUUCUUCCACAAGACUAUUCGGAAAGAGCUCACGCUGUACCGAUUGCGAUGAGGUGCAAGUUUCAGAACCCUUAUUCUCGGCAAGACGAUCCUUUCACCAAGUCAUCACCAGUUGAAAGACUCUCCCGCGGCAAGGCGGUGCUGUCAAAUUCGGUGAGUAAGGUUGAUCCCUCUGCCAAUGGCGGCAACAGCUUCCGUCAACGAUUCGCCAUCAAAAACUGCUCCGACAUACAGCCCCUCAUCCAGCGCUACCAUUUCCUCAUAUCGAUGUACAAACACCACUCCAUUGAUGAAGAUGAGGUGAUUGGUAACACUGGACGCACCACCCUCAUUGAUCCACGUUGCACCCAUAUCUCUCUGAAACGGGUUCUGAUGAACGCACGGAGCGCAUGA